AUGUCAAAGAACGAGUUUUUUGGUAACGAAAAUGAUGUAAUCUGGAGUGGCCCAAGAUUCAGUGAUUCGCCUGAGUUCCAGGCAAUGAAAGAAGACGUCGCUGCAGAACUGUUUGAAAUAAAUGGCCAAAUAAGCACACUACAGCAAUUCACCACGACGCUAAAGUCGUUUAUAGAUAAGGGUGAUGUUAGCGCAAAUGUAGUGGAGAGGAUCAAUAAGAGGUCUGUGGCGAAGAUAGAAGAAAUAGGCGAGCUAAUCAAGAAGGUCAACACAUCAGUGAAAAAGAUUGAUGCUCUAGAGGAAGCAAGUCUGGAUAAGACUCAAAUAAUAGCCAGAGAAAAACUGGUAAGGGAUGUGAGUUAUUCUUUACAAGAGUUUCAAGGUAUCCAACGGCAGUUUACCGGAGUAAUGAAGCAGGUCAAUGACAAGGCGAGAGAGUCUCUUGAAGCAACCGAAAUGGCAAACAACACAGCUCUAAUGGAUGAAGAACAAGGGCAGAACCACCAAAUGAGCAAACGAAUAUCAAGCAACCAAAUAGUCAUCGAGAGAGAUCCAAUAAAUAACGAGGAAUUCGCCUACCAGCAAAAUCUUAUCGAACAAAGAGACCAGGAAAUUAGCAAUAUUGAGAGAGGUAUAACGGAGCUGAACGAGAUAUUCAAAGAUCUGGGAAGCGUCAUCCAACAGCAAGGGGUUUUGGUUGAUAACAUUGAAGCAAAUAUUUAUACAACAUCUGAUAACACCCAAAUGGCUUCAAAUGAGUUAAGGAAGGCUAUGCGAUACCAGAAAAGUACGAGCAGAUGGAGAGUAUAUCUGUUGGUUGUUCUUCUCGUGAUGCUUUUCUUUAUUUUUCUCAUUAUGAAAAUUUAG